AUCAGUCGAUUCUCAAUAAUCUUUGUUUCUGCUUCCGCACAGAAAAGAAAAAAUGAAAUUCUCGCUUUACCUUGUUAUGUUCUUUCUCCUCUUAAACUGUUUCGCAACCGCACAAUCUCUGAUUCGGGAUUCUUGCAAAAAAGCUACAACUAAAGACCCGAAACUCAAAUAUGAUUUUUGCGUCAAGUCUCUCGAAGAGAAUCCGCAGAGCAAAACCGCAAAGAGUCUUGAAGGUUUGGUCUUCGUAUCGACCAAGAACGCUGUUUCGAAAACGACUAGCUUGAAAGGAAUGGUUGACAAGAUUCUCAAGGAGGAUAAAUAUGAAGUGGAGAGGCCGUUACUUGAUUGCCUCGAACUUUAUACCGAAGCUAUUGAUUCCUUAAACCAAUCUUUAGACACUGUUAAGUCGCGUGAUUACAAAACAGCUACCAUGCUUAUGAGUGCUGCAAUGGAUGCACCGGGAAGUUGCGAAACUAAAUUCACAAAAAGAAAAAAGGCUGUGAAAUCUCCAUUUACGAAAGAGAACGAUGUCUUGUUUUACAUGGUUCUGAUUCCUAUAGCUUUUACAAGUAUGUUAGAUAUGAAAUAACCAAAAGUGUUAGGUAACACAAUAGUGAUAAUGUACUUUAAGAGUAAUCGGGCUUAUUCACUGUAAGAAGCAAUGGUCGUUCAAAGUCUUGAAUAGAGAGUUACAAUAAAACCUCUAUAAAUUAAUAAUAUUGGCACCAAGAAAAUUUAU